AUGAUAUCAGAUUAAUUAAGAUAAGUUCUUUCCAAUAAUACUCCAAACAUUAUAGGUCCCUAACUAUCUCGAAAAACUGUUCUUUUGAAAAGAAAGAAUAAGAAAAUAUGCAAUAAUACCCUUAAUCAACUUCCUCAAAAGGGAAAUUAGGAUGUCUCAUCGAAAGUAGAGAAUUCCUAAAAAACAGAUAAAACUGAUACAAAUACCAUAAAAUCGCAUAGUAAUAUGGCUUCUCAAACAUCAAAUUCAAUCCCUUGUAUUUCUUAGGAUGUAUUUGAUGGUAUUGAAAUUCCUGCUACUGAUCCAAUAUGGUUAGAAAUCAUUCCUUAAGAAUUAUUAUUAGAAACUACAGUAGAGAAAUUAUUGGAAGACAACAAAGAUUACUUUUAUAAUUUAUUAGGAUUAUAUUUAUAAGAGAGAGCUAUUGGAGAUUUGAAUAUGUCACGCUUUGUUAUACCUUAAAAGUUUUAAACUUAAUAUUCUAAAGAUUUCACUUUGAAAUCAAUUGAUCGUAAAGUUGGGAUUGACUCAAGAAUAUAUGAAGAUUACAAAUAAUAUAAUUCUCCAAAUUAAAAUACUACUACUUAUAAACAGUAUUUUUAGAAACCAAUUUAAAAUGAGAUAAUCCAAUCAUUUAAACCAACAUCAGAGAGAAGUGUUUUAGCAAUGGCUGCUUUAACUACAUAUAAAGUGUUCUUUAAUUUUAUUAUUUUUAGGCUAAUCACAUUAAUUUUAAAUAACCUGAAAAACCUGAAAUUAUGAAAGCACCAACCAAUUCUACAACUGGAAAAUUACUACUUAAUGGAAAUUCUAAUUAUAAUCAAGAAUUUAAAUGGCAUUAGAACUAUGAAAGAUUGCCUAAUUUUAAAAAUAGUUAUUCUAAAUUGUAUUAAUAUCAAUCAUUUAUUAUUUAGAAAUCCCAUAUCAAAUUCUGAUAUCUUUUUUACUAAAGAGAGAGCUUCUAUUGACUUUUAUCCUUUGAGUCCAUAAUAAAAAACUACCCAAAUUAUUAAAACUCCUUCUUUUUAAGGGUAAUUCAUAACUACAUUUAAGCAGUAUCUUAUACAUUAUUAAUUUUAAGUGAUUAUUAAUAAGUUGAUCAUGAAUUAUUAACUCCAAAGACAAGAAAUUGGAAAUUGAAUUUGGUUAAUAAAAUUAAUUCAGUUCGAGAAAGAUAAAUUUAGUAGUGA